CUGCAUAUCUGAGAGAUGAAGUCCUUCACUUCCCUUAAACACCCACAAUCUUUUCCGAUUCAUGAAAUAUAAAUUAGAUGAAAAUGAAUCAACGCAGUUCAAUUUCAUUAUGUUAUGCAAGACAAAGAAAUGAAGAAUUAUUUUUUGUUGAAGUUGAAGCCAAGACAUUAUGUUUUUUUUUGUUAUAAAUCAAGCUCAUACUUUAAUGUGAAACUAUGUUGCAUAAAUGUAAACCACUGGGAGACCACUGAUGGUUGUCAUUGCCUGUGCUGCAUAAGUAGAAAGUCUGUAAAUAUUAAUAAAUUAAAUAUAAAGUAUUUUUCAAACUAUAAUUCUAUUUUUAAUGCAAUGACCGCAGGGGCAGAAACAUGUGCACUUACUAGACUGUCACAUUUUAGCGUUUAAUGCUGAGAAGGACUCUAGCUUUGAAACCUCAAAAGGACACAUCCUCAUUUUGGAAGCGUCCUAAUAUAAAUUGGUUCUUAUUUUCAAGUAAAAAUGCACAUGCUGUAUUUAGCGCAACGCGCAGCAGUAGCGUCCUCCUGCCAGUGAGCGGCGCUGUGACGAACACACUCCUCUCGCUCUCUCUGACGCUCGCUCACAGUCUCACAUCCGCCGCAAACAUGGCAGACGAGCUGGAUGUUGUUGAUAUCGAGGGAGAUGAAUGUGAUGAAAGAGUCGGCGACCUGAGCAGUGCUGAGAUUCUCCAGGAUCAGUACUUACAGUCUGCUUGGAAGACAAACAGCAGUAUAAUGCCGUGGACGCAGGACAGCUCUAUCAGCGACGAGAACAGACAGGCCAUCGAGAGCAUGCUGCUGGAGGAACAGUAUUAUUUUGCCAGUAAGAAAGCACCAAAGGUGGCAUGGACCAAUGAGAAGACUAAAGUCAAAAAGUGAGCUCCCUUCUUUUAUCCAUUUACGUUCAUGAAUAUGUAAACACCCACACAACCGUUCAAAAGUUUGAGGUAUUUAAGAAUUUGUAAAUAC